AUGUCGAUGAACCUCGCUCGCCUCUCACUUCGCCAAGCUGCCAGGACGAGAAUCCUGUCCGCGCCUAGGCAAACCUCGUCUACGCUGACACUGCGUCACUUUACCACAACGCGACCCGCCUUGGCUUCGGAGCCUGACAACAAAGAGAAUGUUCCCCUUGGCAUUGAAAAACUGGCCGAGUACCCGCAGGCACUCGAGGCUAUCAACAAGCUGAUCAAGUUGCUUGAGAGCAAAGGCAUCGACGUCAAGAGUGGAAAGCCGCCCGGCAUCACCCAAAUGGCAAAGAUGGCAAUGGACGGCGAUGUCAGGGCUGCCACCGGCGAAGUGCUUGGAAAGCUCAAGGAGGCUGGCCUGGAACUUACGCCUGACAAGCUGAAUGAGAUGCUCGGCGCGGGAAGAGGAAGCGCAAAGGGCAAUUCGGGUGAUCAAGAGAACAAGUAA